CCUCGUCAACCCCAAGCCCUGUGGCCAGUUCUGCUGCUGCGAAAUGUGGGGCUGUGAGCGGGAGGAUGCCAUCGCCUACUACAUGCGCCUGUACAACCAGCUGCUGGAGAGAAUCACGGAGGAAGAGUGCCAGGUCCAGGACCAGCCCCUGGGAAUGGCCUUCGUCACUUUCCGAGAGAAGUCUAUGGCCACCUACAUCCUGAAGGAUUUCAGAGCCUGCAAGUGUCAGAGCCUUCAGUGCAAAGGUGAGCCCCAGCCGUCCUCCUACAGCAGAGAGCUCCAGGUCUCCAGGUGGAGUGUCACCUUGGCUGCUUACCCCCAGGACAUCUGCUGGAAGAACCUCUCUGUCCAGGGCCUCCGCUGGUGGUUACAGUGGCUCAGCAUCAACUUCACCCUCUUCAUGGUGCUCUUCUUCCUGACCACACCCUCCAUCAUCCUGUCCACCAUAGACAAGUUCAAUGUCACCAAGCCCAUCCAUGCACUGAACAACCCAAUCAUCAGCCAGUUCUUCCCAACCCUCCUCCUCUGGUCCUUCUCAGCCCUGCUCCCCACCAUUGUCUACUACUCGACGCUGCUGGAUUCUUACUGGACCAAGUCGGGGGAAAACUGGAACAUGAUGACCAAGGUCUACAUAUUCUUGAUCUUCAUGGUGCUGAUCCUGCCCUCCCUUGGCCUCACCAGCCUGGAUUUUUUCUUCCGGUGGCUCUUUGACAACACUUCCUCGGAGGGCUCUAUAAGGUUGGA